AGCGCCGGCAGUAUAUCGGUGUCGGCGCUGGUGUUGUGCCCACUCGCCAGAGGGCUAUUCAAACGGGCGAUCCUCGAGUCGGGCGCUCAGCUCUUCAACCGUAAGGACAGCCACACAAAGGCCAAGGGUUUGGCCGAAGCCCGGCGUAUGGCUAACCGUUUCCAGUGUACGGACGAUAAGACUUGGUUAGACUGUUUGCGCAAAGUUGACGCCAAAGAGGUUCACGAUUACGCAGACAUUACCGUCGGUGCGAUGAUUGGCACCGACUAUAUGCCUGUCGUGGCUCAGGAGGCCAUCAAAACUGGCAAAUUUAAUACCGACGUGGAUGUGAUGGCAGGAGUGGUGCGAAACGAGGGCUCGCUAUUGGCGCCGGAAAUCAAAGGUAAUAUCACUAAACAAAAGCUCAUUGAAGCGAUUAAGCCGAGUAUUGGUGACACGGAUGCCAACAAAGUGGCCGACUUUUAUCUGAACGGCGCGGCGCCCGACAACUACUCGGCCAACCGGUGGGCCUAUUAUGACAUAUACGGCGAUACGGGUCUGAAGUGCAAUACCUAUCUGUUUGCCAAACACGUGGCCCAACACCAGACCGGCGGCGCUAACGUGUACUUCUGGGAGCAGACCUAUCAGAGUGGCGGCAAUUUGCAGGGCUGUGACGAGAAGACAAUGGGCAUCUGCCACGGAUCCGAUCUUGAGUUUGUGUUCUUCAGGACCGGCGCUAACCCUAAGCUCGACAUACCUUUCAGUAAAGAGUGGAUCACUUUAUGGACUAAUUUCGCCAAAACU